UUUCAUCACUCUUUUAACAGUCACUCCUGGGACUGUCCACAGAAAUCAUUCAGAGACAGCCCUCGGAGCCAACAUGGACAUAGUGACUCUUCUCCUCAUAUUCCUGGUCUCCUGUAUCUUGUGUUUCUACACCUGGAACAGCAUGUACAGGGGACACAACCUGCCCCCUGGACCUACCCCACUGCCCAUUCUCGGGAACCUUCUCCAGCUGAAGACGGGGCAGUUGGUGGAUUCUCUUUCAGAGAUGCACAAGAAGUACGGGGAUGUGUACACUCUGUAUCUCGGGCCCCGGAGAGUGGUGGUGCUAUGUGGGUACGAUGCUGUCAAGGAAGCCCUGGUGGAUAAUGGAGACGAAUUUGGGUUCAGAGGCCAGUUGCCAGUUACCGAUUUAUAUAUUCAGGGCCACGGUGUCAUAUUCAGUAAUGGAGACAAAUGGAAAGAGCUUCGACGAUUUUCCCUCAUGACUCUGCGAAAUUUUGGGAUGGGAAAACGAUCCAUUGAAGAGAGAAUUAAAGAAGAGGCUCUAUGUCUGGUAGAUGAACUUAAAAAAAAGAAUGGAGAACCUAUUGACCCCACAUUUUACUUCAGCCAGGUGGCAUCUAAUAUCAUAUGUACCAUCCUUUUUGGGAACAGAUUUACCUACGAUGACCCUGAUUUCCGAAGACUCAUGCAGAUCAUAAAUGACAUAUUUAUAGGAAUGUCAUCACCCUGGGGACAGCUUUUCGACAUGUUUAAUGUGGUGAUGAAAUACUUACCAGGACCCCACCAUAACGCGGUCAGGUGUGCCUACAAGUUGGAGAAGUUUGUGCUGGAACGGUUGGACAGAGAUCGUAAAACAGUGGAUAUUAACCGCCCACGGCACAUGAUGGACAGUUUCCUUAUUAGAACAGAAGAGGAAAAAAGCAACCCAUCAACUCAUUUCAACAUGGAAAACUUACUCAAAAACUCCACCAGUCUAUUUGUCGCCGGAACAGAGACCCUGAGCACCACAUUAAGGCACGGAUUCCUGCUCUUCCUGAAGUUUCCUCAUAUUAAAAAAAAAGUCCAAGUGGAGAUUGACUCUGUCAUUGGCCGAGACCGAGACCCGGAACCAGAGGACCGACUUUCCAUGCCGUACACGGAUGCGGUCAUACAUGAGAUCCAGCGCUAUGCCAACGUACUACCCAUGAACCUACCUCAUGCUGUGGCAAAGAACACACAAUUCCGUGGCUUCACCAUUCCCAAGGGUACAGAUGUAUUUCCAGUCCUGGCAUUUGUUCUGAAUGAUCCAAAGUAUUUCCCUGACCCAUCCACCUUCAACCCUGAUCGCUUCUUGGAUGAAAACGGAGAUUUUAAGAAGAACGAGGCUUUCAUGGCUUUCUCUGCAGGGAAACGAGUCUGCCUCGGGGAGAGUCUUGCCCGUCUAGAGUUAUUUAUUUUCAUCACUACCCUUCUGAAGCAUUUCGAUAUCAGUACUCCGGAGAACUCAGCGGAUAUGGACAUCUCCCCUCAGAUGGUGGGCUUCUCCAAUGUCCCAAAACCAUACAAUAUCCGCUUCAGUCCACGAUAAAUCAGUAAUGGAAACAUGUGUUGAACAAAGUAAUUACUGAAUAAUUUCUGAUGGCCAUUCUGACAACCACCUUCGAGUCUCCUUGGGUGUGCCCUUAUUGCAAUAUUAUUAUCAUCUAUAUAUUAGUGGUAAGAUAAAAAAAUGUACACUGCCUUUAUUUAUAAUUUUAAUUAAAGGUGCACUUCUGGCACCAAAACAACUUCAUCUAAAUGAAAUUGUUAUGGUGCCAGGAGGCCUCUGGGUGCACUCUUACCUUCAGGGGUUAAAUGAUUUGACCUCAAAGUGAGCCUUCAGCACUAAUCUCCCGUUCAGGGCUUUUGAAAUUUCAGCUUCAGGAAGCGUGGAGUGCUGUCGGGCAAAGACACAGCUGAUUGGCUGAGACAAUCAGUGAAUUCCCAUUCACAAAACUGUCUUGGAAAAAAAAAACGUACCUUUUGCAAGCCAAUUUUGUGAAAGGAGAGUUAGUGAUUGGCUGAGUGCAUCAGGAGAAUUUCAGAAGCUGGAUACUGCCUGGGGAGGUGCUGACCUAAGAGCUGGAAGCAACUUUGAGGUUAAAUUAUUCAUGAACCACUUGAAGUAAGAGUGCCCCCGGGGGCCUCCUGUCACCAUAACAACUGCAUUUACAUGAAGUUAUUAUGGUGCCUCAUGUUGCCUAAACUGUUUAUUUAACUAAUCUUGCACUUAAAUAUAACGGUUUAUUAAGUAGGAUCUACAGAUUAUCAAGGAACUACUUCUAUUGAAUUUUAAAGUAGAAUAAGUGAAACCCUUUUUUUUUACUGCAGAAAAGUAAAGCAAAGUAGCUUAGUUGGUGGUAGAAGUUAUCUUACCACCCUUUGCUAGCAUUGAUUAUCUGCAUUCCUGCUAAUAAAUUGGAUGUGAAUAGAAUAUCAAUAGCCUAACCUCCAAGAAUAUUAGCAUUGGUAUCAACGUAGGACUAUAUCUACCAAGUAUUACUAAUAUACACAUGGUAACGGUUAUGGAUAGUUACUAAACACUGGUGUAAUCUGAUACUUAUUGUAUUUUGGAUAUAAAGAUGUGGUGUUCUGACCGCAAUGUUUAAUCUAGAUCAAAUUAUAGUAUUGUGAUCCCAUGGUCUGUAUUCUCCCGGAGGAAACCUUGGGUUUGUAGUAUUGUAAGAUUGUUUUACUUUCUUGGUUCAUGCAUUUUAAUGUUUGGGAAUCAUAUAUAAGGGAGACACCUUGUUUACCAUUGCUUCUGACUGUAUAACAUAUCGCUAGACAAAACUAACAAUACUAAAUUGUAAUGGACUUAGUGGACCACUAUAGGCACCCAGAUCACCUCAGCUCAGUGAAGUGGUCUGGGUGACAGGUCCCCCUAGUUUUAACCCUUCAGCUGAAAACAUAGCCAUUUCAGGAAAACGGCUAUGUUUACACUGCAGGGUUCGUCCAGUCUCUAAUGGCUGUCUCCCUGACAGCCAUUAGAGGCCGCUUCCUCGAUUUACACUAAGUAAAUAACACUUAUUUGACGCUGGACAUCUUCACGGAGUUCAGUGUCAUCUCAGAUUCCCAUAGGAAAGCAUUAAGUAAUGCAUUCCUAUGGGCGGGUUUGAAUGCACGCUCGCCUCUGGCCGCGCUUGCGCAUUCAGCUCCACUCAGGAGCUUACAUCAACGGGGGAGGAGAGGACACCAGUGCCAAGGGAGCUCGGCAUUGGAUUAAGGUAAGUGGCUAAAGGGAUUUUAACCCGUUCAGCGCUGAGGGAGAGGUGCCCCAAAGGAGGAGGGCACUCCAAGAGCCUAUAGUCCCAGGUUUUCCUGGCACUAUAGGAUCGCUUUAAUGAUAACAUUAAAUUGUGAUUAGGUUAUAUGCGGUGGUCUUUUAUUUUCAUAUAAAAUGUUAUGCAUAUAAUAUCUACAUAAGUCAAUGAAUUCAUAAAAAUAUUAAAAGUAUCAUAGCUAUUUUCAUAUCCAUAAAGGUUUAUGGGCAUUCAUCUGGUUUCAUAUUCCAAAUCAUUAAAUCCAGAAUAUCUCAUAUUGUAUAUUGAUGUAAAUCUUAUAAUUACAUAACAGUAUAUUGUUUGCAUAAUUGUGUAACAUGCAUGACUUUAACAUUUCUCCAUUUCUGAUUUCUGGGCAUUUCUCUCAGAGAGCUCCAACACGUCCGAGACAGGGAAAUGGUUAGAGGAAGAGGAUUCUUUUUGAGUAGAUUAAACAUUUAUAUAAUAUCAGUUCAUUUCAAGCUGCGCUGCCUGAGCGCACUGUUUCACCGUAUACCUGAAUAAAAUUCACCGUAAACAAUGUAA